UAAUGAAAAAAUACAGCUUGGUUAGUGGAGGAUAUACCGAAAAUUUUGUGCUAGAAAUAUAAAGUUAACGAUUUUGCGUAAAACAUAUUAAAUAAUUUACAAAAAUGAGCGUUGAAGAAGAAGUAUUCAAAAUACAGAAGAAAAUGCAGAAGAUUACGUCGAAUGAUGGCACGGGACAAGAGCAAGCAUUGGAUUUGCUGAAGGCAUUGCAAACACUCAAUAUCAAUUUGGAUAUUUUAACCAAAACGCGCAUUGGUAUGACUGUAAAUGAGCUGCGUAAGAGUAGCAAAGAUGAGGAAGUGAUUGCAUUGGCUAAAACAUUAAUUAAAAAUUGGAAAAGAUUUCUUGCCGCGCCGGGUGGUUCAAGUGGCAGUAGCACCAAAGAGUCGUCUGCUAGCAAUAAUGUGUCUAAAUCAUCGUCAAGUAGCAAAUCGAAUUCUUCAUCAUCUAGUAAGGAUAAAGAGAAGAGUUCGUCAAGUUCAUCUAAAGAUAAAAAGCGUGACGACGAGAAAAAGUCCAAUUCGAGUUCAUCAUCAUCGGCAAAAGACGAACGUCGACCAGUGCAAUCAACGUUUCCUAGCACUGGCGGUUUAACCGAUGCUGUACGCCUAAAGUGCCGUGAAAUGCUCUGUAAUGCGCUUAAGGUUGGUGAAGUGCCGGAAGGUUGUCCAGAACCGGAAGAUAUGGCCACCGAAUUGGAGGAGGCAAUUUAUAUGGAAUUUAAAAAUACUGACAUGAAAUACAAAAAUCGUGUACGUUCGCGCGUAGCAAACUUGAAAGAUGCCAAGAAUCCCACCUUACGUAGUAAUUAUAUGUGCGGUGCCGUUACGGCACAACAAUUAGCGCGUAUGACGCCGGAAGAAAUGGCUAGUGAUGAAAUGAAGAAAUUACGCGAGAAAUUCGUUAAAGAAGCUAUUAAUGACGCUCAGUUGGCUACAGUACAGGGCACAAAGACCGAUCUGCUUAAAUGCGGUAAAUGUAAGAAACGUAACUGCACAUAUAAUCAAUUACAGACACGUUCCUCCGAUGAACCUAUGACAACAUUUGUCAUGUGCAACGAGUGUGGUAAUCGUUGGAAGUUCUGCUGAAGGCAGUACUCGGUUUUUACUAAAAGGCAGUCAUUUUCUUCUUAAAAAGAUUUACUUAUUAAUAUAUGAGUUAAAAUUUUAUUUACAAACAACAAAAAUGCUACGCAGUAUCUACGUACUUUGUGAAAAUUACUGUUUUAUUUUUUAUUAUUAAUAUAUAUAAUUAAUUAUAAAGCUUCAAUUAAAAUUAAAGCAUAAAAAUAUUAAUUUAAAAUGGUGGCACAUUUUAUUUACUCUUUACAUGUGUUGCGGUUGAUAUCAGCUGUCUGUGGUAUUGAUAAAAAGGAAAUUUAUGGAAUGAUUUUCGAAACAAAAAUUUUUACGCAAUUACUUCAAAUAGGAAAAGAUAGUAAAUAAAUGUAAUUUUAAGUAAUUAAAUUAUGAUUAAAAUUUAUAA